AUGGACCAGGAGCGCCUUUCGAUGGGCAGUACAGGUCAAACAUCUUGGAUUGCAACAGGACUCAAAAUUGAGGAGACACAGAUUGAACUAAGGUUUCUCAUUCGGCGUACUGGAAAAAAACCAACUAUGCUGCAGAAAGUUGACAUUGCUAAGAGGAGGGAAAGGUUAAGAGUGAGAAUCGAUGCUUUCAACAAGACGGGAAUGACCUUUUUAGCAUGGAACCCGGCAUUAAAUGAAAAUCAGCUGUUGCUUCGUGAAGAGUUUGAUAUGGACGAUGUUCUGCAGAUGGACGAUGAUCUGGCCGAGUCAAAUUUCAGUGGCAGCGCGCCUGAUAUCAUGGUGGUCGCUGCCACAAAGGUUGCACAAGCCCAGGCAGCGGCGCUUGCUGCGGCUGAAGCUGUUGAACAUGUGAAACUAGCCUUGCUGUCAGCCAUGGGAGAAGAGCACCUUCAGGCUCAUGGAUUACAACAUUUUUUGUCCAAAAAAUAUCAGUUGCGCCAAGGGCAAGCGAACGAUGCUCUUCAAGGCAUCCGAGUGUCACUGGCGAAUUUGUCUUUUGAAUAUGGAAGAAAGCUUCGAAAAAUCAAAAAAAGUAAAGUCAAGAAAACAAGGGCAUGGGCGACGGUGCACGCUGUUGGGCGAACGCUUCAUCAUCAUCGCCAGAUUUACUUCUAUGCCAUCGAUGCCAUUUCAAGAUUGGGCGACCCAGAGAAGAAGAUAGGGCGCCAGUAUAAACCGCUCUUGAAGGAGGACAUGAAGGCAAAUACUGCGGUAGCAGACCCGAAUGCGCGAGGGCAAAGUAGGGCAAAGCCAGCCUGGUUUUGGAGUUCCAACUUGGCAGGCAAUAUGCAGGACAACGAACGGAUGGUAGAGUGUAAAGCAUCCCUAUACCCUCCUCAGUAG